AUGCCAGCUGGUCUGUUUACAUACUACGUUGUCUUUGAGUAUCGGAAAAAAGAUGUCAAGAGAGUGGAUAAGUGGAUGAAAUUCAUCCAAUCCGACGGAUUCGACUCCUUCUAUAAGGGCCGCCCUAAUGAGGAGUUGAUUCGGCGCGUCUUCAAAGGAAUUCCACCACGCAUUCGUCCCCGAGUUUGGCCCAUCCUCCUCAACGUGGCCUCGGCUAAACGGGAUCGGGUGUAUGAGGUGAGUCGAUUGGCCGCUGCCACCGCCAAUUCGACGGCGGCCUGCCUGUCGUGGCGGAUCAGCAGUUAUAGUGGUGAAGAGUCCUUUGAACCGGCUGUGGGUGAAAUCUGCAGAACCGGUCAACAGAUGAUGACUAAUUGUGCCUUGUGUGUCUAUUAG